AUGUCUUCUGCCGUGGACAACCUCGCCGAGACCCUCAAGAACGCCAGUGUCGAGGACACCUCUGCUGCCAACAACGAGGGCGUUCUUGCUUCUGCCGCCGAGGGUCGUCGUCUCUACAUUGGGAAUCUCGCUUAUGCGACCACUGAGGCGGAACUCAAGCAGUUCUUCUCCGGUUACGACGUUGAGUCAACCUCAAUUCCUGUGAACCCUCGUACCAACCGUCCCGUGGGCUAUGCUUUCGUCGAUCUGAAGACGGCAGAAGAGGCGGAAAAGGCCAUCUCCAACCUGUCCGGUCAGGAGAUUCUCGAGCGCAAAGUCUCGGUCCAACUCGCGCGCAAGCCGGAGCACGGGUCUGGUGCUGAGGGCGCUGCAGAAGGUGCCGAGAAUGCUGAGAAGAGAUCCUCCGGACGCGGUCGUGGCCGUGGGCGUGGCCGAGGUGGUCGUGGUCGUGGAGGCGCACGGAACACCACCGAGAGCGCCACUGGGGAGACAACUGACCUUGCAGAGAACCCACUGCCCUUGACCGAUGUCACUGCCGACGCGAACAAGGCCGCUCCUGCUGGCGAUGCAAAGUCUCGCACUCCCCGUCCCCCUAAGCAACGUGGACCUCCCGAGGACGGCAUUCCAUCAACCACCAAGGUCAUGGUUGCCAAUCUUCCUUACGAUCUUAGUGAGGAGAAGCUCAAGGAACUUUUCGCUGCCUACGAGCCCAGCUCUGCCAAGAUCGCUCUUCGCCCCAUCCCACGCUUCAUGGUCAAGAAACUGGCCGCUCGCAACGAACCUCGCAAGGGUCGUGGCUUUGGUUUCGUCACCCUUGCUUCGGAGGAGAUGCAGCAGAAGGCUGUGGAAGAGAUGAACGGCAAACAAAUCGAGGGCCGUGAAAUCGCGGUCAAGGUCGCCAUCGACAGUCCAGGAAAGGAAGAUGGUGCUGAGACCACGGAGAAUGGUACCAAUGGUACCACCGAGGAGGUCGCUGCCGCUUAA